UCUAGGCGAUGAACCAAAUGACAUGGCAACAAGUACUAUAAACAAAAACCCAUGUUGAACUCUAUGUUGAACAGUUGAACUGUGAAAUGACAAAUGUCUGCAUUUACAAAUUUAGUUUGUCAAGGAGACACGGUGAAAAUGAAGGAGUAUCUUGAAGACCCGACAAACGAGGUCGCGGACCGGCAAACCUUUCUAAACGAACGAAAUAAAAGCGGGAAAUCCGCUUUGGAUUUUGCAGCUAUACUUGGGAGGGAAGAUGCUAUAAGACUUUUAAUUGAAUGGGGGGCUGACCUUAAUUCGAGCACCAAAAAAGGUUAUAGUGUAUUACAUCGUGCUGCAUCUUGGGGACAUUUAGACUGUGUAAAGAUGCUUGUAAACCUUGGUGUAGAUCUACAGGUUACAAAUGUUCACGGAGAGCGUGCAAGAGAGGCUGCAGCUAGAUAUGGAAAACAGGAUUGUGUUGACUUCUUGGACAGAGCUGAGGCAAUUGCUGCUUUACAAACAGCAAUUCAGGACAUCAAAAGUACAGUGACAGAUCCAGAGAAGAAUCUUGGACGUUUAAACAAAGAAGACAAGUUAACUGGUAACAAGUUGUGUGACGAGAAAAACACUUGGUUGAUGGCAAACAAAGAUACUGCAUCUGUAGAACUUAUAUUUAAGAAGAAAGAUGAGCUUUAUGAAGCUAUGCAUUAUAUAUUUUUGAAACUUGAAGAUUUGGAGAUUGAGAAAAAAAGAUGACCCAUUAUUUUGUUCAUUUUCCUAUAAGUUUAGAGAAAAAAUAGUGAAAUGAAGACGGUUCAGGUUUACA